CACAAUCUCACACACUGCAGAAGCCAGAUCUCUAACCAUCCAGACCGCCUCAUGCUUAAGGAUCCUAGAGGGCAGGGCCUAAAGUUUGAGUGCCCUUUCUCCCCAUGUGCACAUUUCCUCUACCUCUUAACCUCAGAUGAUGAGUGCCUCCUACUGAAGACCGACAGACUGUGAAGAACCUGCAACUCUCCAGUAUCUGGAUCCAAGGUGCUACUUCUGUUCCCCCCACUCUCUUCUCCAUUUCUCGUUCCUUCUCAUCGAGAGGAGGUUCUUGAAGUGCCAGCCAAACCUGAGGGCCAUCGGACCCCAAGAGGUAACCAUGACAAACCCAUGCAUGGGGUUUCUGGAACUGCUAGGGAUGCUGGUCGGGUCGGGGGGCUGGUUUUGUUCACUGGCGGCCACCAUCAUGCCUCAGUGGUUGUCACUUUCUACUGAACUAAUGGGCAUGGAGAGCUACGAACAAGGGCUUUGGGAGGCUUGCGUGAUUCAGGAGGUCGCUGGCACAGAGUGUCGGCCCUAUGACACUAUCCUAGGCCUCGAACCAAAGUUUAUGCUGGCCCGUGUUCUGAUCUGUGUUUCGGAUGCCACAUGUCUUCUCGGACUUCUCCUCGCCAUCCCUGCCAUGAGUCAGAUCAAUUGCUGUAAGAGCGAGGAGGGAUGGAGGACCAAGCGAGGUUUGAAGAUCACGGCCGGUGUGUUUUUAUGCAUCGCUGGAUUGUUUGUGCUCUUUCCCGUUUCCUACAUCGCUCACGAUAUUGUAAUUAAGUUCUUUGAUGAGUCCAUACCUCACGUGGUGCCACGUUCAGAGUUCGGGGAUGCUCUGUUCAUCGGCUGGGCUGCAGGACUUCUUGACAUUGUGGCAGCCGUGCUGUUAUUCACCUCUUGCUCUGACUCGAGAGACAGUGAAAGAUAUCUGGUGCAUCACCAUCAAAGGCAAGAGAUCCAAACUAUCGAUGGUUCAAGAAAACACACUCAAGAGUACGUUUGAGGUACAUUUGUCAUGAAAAUAGAUUUGUAUUUUUUUCUUCUGAAAAAAGUUACCUUCAGUGUAUCAAUCAAUCAAACCCAUGAAACAGGUAUAGCAUUACCAUGAUGCAUUCAUCCUUCAAUAUCUACUAGUCUAUUUGAUUAUUUGUAUUAUCUGUAAAGUGUUAAUAUUGAAAAGUUACCAAUAUGUUUUCAAUUGCUUUAAAAGAGAUGUAGAAUUUUUUUGUUGUUGUUGUCAUUUUUGGGAUUUUUGAUCACAAAUAUUGUAUGCCUUAAUAUACAAAAUACAUAAAUAAUAUACAAAAUUAUAUAUACAUAUAACUAGUAAAUAAAGGGUAAAGGUAAGAUUUUGGUCUUCUUUAUUUAGUAUGCAUUUCUAGAGCUCAAUUCCAUCGGUAAAAGUAAUACAAGGGGUGCUUCUCAAUCAGAAGGAUGUGUCCUCUAUCUCAGAUGCCACAUUACCAAACCAAAAGACGAAGGCAUUAUGUUUUCUUUCUUUCUUUCUUU